AGUCGACGUUAACCCUUACGGUAUUGUCACCCUAGAGUUUUCAGCACCCUCGUCAUGCUGCGCCGUACGACUGCCAGCCUCUACCAGAGCAUCGCCGCGCCCAUCGGGAAGGGCCGCGUUGUCCCGCUGAAGUUCGAUAGCCUUAAGCCGGCGUACGUGCCGAAGUCCUUCACGACGCAGUUUUUCGUUCUGGGGUGGUGGUCGAUUGCCAACAUGGUCCCUAACUUCGUGAUCGGCUUUCUCAUCAUUGCCGCGGCCAAUGGCGGCCUGAGCGGUGCCUGGCCCCCGGACCCACACUCGCUGCAUCCUUAA